UACAUGCAGGGCCUAGAGCGGGUUGUUGAAAACUAUUUUUCAGUGUUUUGAGCGCAAAAAUAAUUGGCAUGUUUAGGUGCCUUUUAAUUUCCUUUUCACUAGUUUAAAGCACCCUAGAGUGAGAUUGUAUCAUUACUCUACUCUAAGGUUGCAAUGUCAAUUCGAAGAGCUACGGAUCCUGUUUAUCUUCAAUUUAUAUGGAAUGCUAUUGAAGCAUGUACUAGAGAUUCUAUUGAGUCAACAUUUCAUGAAUUAUUGUCAUUUAUUCAAAGAGAAUGUGAAUCAAAAUGUACUGCUGGAAAGUUACAAAGUGAAUUGUCGAAUGCAAUCAGUGAUGGAUGCAUAGAAUGUAAUCAACGAUGUUAUGUGAAGUGUGAUCCUACACCAAAAAAUAAGGAUAAACACGACUGGUAUUGUUUUGAAUGCCAUGGUCCUGGUCAUGUUGUCGCCUGUCCAACGUGUUUUCGUGUUUAUCAUCCUGAUUGUCUCCCGAUCGCUAUGGCCGAUCAGUUGUCAUUUCAUAUCCCUAGUGAAGAUGGCGAUCCCUUAAAAAAUGGUAGUAACAAUCACGAUUCCUACUCCUAUCCACCAACACAUCCAUGUCCUGUUUGUCAAAGAGUAUCACGGGCCGCAUCAGCGUCAUCGACGUCCUCCUCGAAGAUACCAACUUCUGCAUCAGAAUUACAUAAAAUCUUUCAAGUUGUCCUGGAUCGUAUACGUAAUAAAGUGAACUGGAAGACAAUGCAAGUGGUUGGUUAUCUGAAUGAACCAUUACGCAACCAGUAUCUGGUCUAUCGACAAAUCAAUACACGUCUUAUGAUGGAGAGAAUGCGAACUGAUCCAGCCUUUGCAACAACCUCAAAAGAUGCUUAUCCUAAUCGAACUGCCCUCUUGGUUGACGCUGACUUAUUGAUUCAUAAUACAGCGAUAUUCUACGGGAAUAAAAAUGAUAUGAGUAAUAUGGCACGACAAAUACGUUCCCAACUGGAACGUGAACUUCGUGAAUCCUCCUUUUGUGUCGAUUGUUAUCUCCGUUUUCAUUCAUCAGCAGCGAUGAAUAAGUUGACUGCUCCAUGUCGUACUGCACAUCGACUGUUAUGGUUUCAACACAACGGAUGGUCAUUUCGACCGUGUAAAAUGUUGUAUGAAAGUGCUGAAGGUUAUGAGGUGGUUUGCUUUGGCGGGCGGCAUGAACGAGUGUUUGUUCCAUUGUCAAGAGCAUUUGAUAUGAGUUUUACAGCGGAUGAGCUGGGUUUACGGGAAACGCCUCCACUGAAAAAGGCAUUGAACGAAGCUGAAGAGUAUAAAGCGAAUCAAGCACUAUAUGAUCGUCAGUUGAUGAAAGGCUAUCCGGAUCAUCCAUUGUCAAAUGGAAAGUCACUCAGUGAAACUAUGAUGUUGAUGAAUUCAAUCAAGAACAGUCAUAAUGAUCAUAAUCAAAAUUCUGUGAUGAAUUCCGGGUCAGAAGUUGGAUUCUUCAAAAAUGCCACUAGUACUCAUACAAAUAGCACUACCACUACUAAUUCUUCUGAACCACCAAGAAAGCGGCGACCUGGACGACGUCCAAAAGGGUAUAAAUCAGCUGAAAAAAGUCACCCGGUGUCAUGUUCUGUGACAACAGUGAAUUCUACUAAUACUACUACUACUACGACUUCACGACGUGAUAUACAAUGGAUAGAGACGUUGAAAAUUAUGAAUGAAGAAGAUAACUUGACCUCCCUGUCAUCACUAGAUAGCGAUAGCGACGACCGUGAUCAUUAUCAACAUCGUAAACGGAAAUCUCGUUUAUCAGGACAUCCUGCUACUAAUAGUGACGUUUCUAGUAAUGUAAAUAAAUCCCCUGCGAAAUUGUCAACCCCUCAUCAUUAUCUCACUCCGACGUCUACUCCUACUCCUACUACUACUACUACUACUACUACGACGACCCCUAUUACUGCUAAAAGGAAGUCGUAUAAACGAAAAAGAAACGAUGCUGAUGAUAUUUUCCUAUCGCGAGGUAAUUUUCCCAAUGGUAAUGGUGCUACCACUCCUCCUCCCCCUAGCUGUGAUGACAAUGACUCCAGUUCAUCAGAUGAACUGUCACUGUCACCCACACCACUAUCUUUUUCGAGUAAAAAGACUUCGAAGAAAACAAUUCGAAUCAAACCAUUGCCGAUAAGAAAUCAAAAUGGUAGUACUGCUACUGUGGUUGCCGAUGUGGAGGAUGGUGAUGAUAUCUCUUUCUCUCUAAAGGAAACAAAGACAUCUCUUCUGCCUCGACUAACUUGUGUUGAUGGCCAUGUGGUUCGAUCAGAACCCUUACAUCAUAGCAUGUCGUCUGCAUCCUCAGCUGCCUCUGGUCCCUCUUCAUCUGAUCGUACAACAAUACCAGCUGUCGCAAGUUCUUCGGCUAGUGGUGGUGGAAGUCGUAGUCACACUCCUCCGGAAUCUUCAGUCUUUUCAUCGAAUACCUCUUCAACCUACUCUAAUGUUACUACUGUCAAAAGAUCACGUGGACGACCACCGAAGUCAGCUACUGCGGCGGCAGCAGCGGCUGCGGCUAGGCUAUCAAAGUUGUCGGCAUCAACAGCGAAAGUGGAAUCGUCAACGCCAUCGGGACCCCCGCCAACACAGACUUCUAAUGAUUCUGUUUCUUCUACUCGAUUAGUGUUGUCGACCAAUAGAAAUGUAUAUGAGUGUUCUGUUCGAAAUAAACAUAGUCCUUUGACAAAUCCUAUACUUUCUUCAGGAAGACAACAUCCGUCCGAUUCUGAUAUUGGCAGUUGUGGUGGGAAACAACUACCUGCACGUCCUUUAUCUCCAGUACAACCUUCGUGUUUAUCCGAUGCUGAAUCAGAUUCUUUAUCCUUGUCGUCAUCGUCGGAUGCAUCGUCCUCCACCUCGUCGUCUAGUAGCAGUAGUAGUGUCUCGACGCCUUCAUCUUCGACAUCUCAGCUUUCAUCAUCCUCUUCGUUAUCCUCGACAUCAACACCUAGUCGACAGAGUUUAUCCUACUCUACUUCAUUGAAAUCAAAAAUGAUGGAUCAGGAAGCACUGUCAGUCGCUAGCAAUAAUCGAGCUAAGCAGAAAUUAUCGUCAUUAUCCCCGGCAUCAAAAGACAUUCUAAAUCCUCUAAGAAACCAGGUAUUAGCAACAACAACAGGAUAUAAAGAAGCUGUAAAACAAUCUGGUGAUAACAUAAGUCACGAUGUGGUUGCAGCGCCAAAGUUGACAAAAUCAAUGAAGUCGUCACGGCAUCAUUCAGAAACGAAGUUACAUGGUCGGCUGCCUUCACGAGCUAUUAAUAAUGAUGUCCUUGUCAAUGAUAAUGUCUAUCAAGAUGAUGUUGACGAUGAUGAGAUUGGAUUUGCAAUGGUGUCUCCUGAUAAUAAAUGUUUAAAGUCUGAUAAGCUAAAUCCAACUCUACGUCAUUCUAUUGACGGAAUGCAUACACUGAACAAUAAUCGAUCUGUGAUUAGUAAUAGUAAUAGUAGUAGUAGUAGUAAUAGUACAUCGGCACCGAAUUCAUCUGUGAAAACGUAUCAUCAUGACAAUUUGAUGAAUAAUCAUAAUCAUUCAAAGCUGAACACGAAAUUAACUCAUCCGUCAAGUUGGUCAACUGGCAGUGGUGGCAACAUAAAACUCUUGUCUUCUAUGAAUGAUCAGUUACCGUCUGCGAUGGGAGGACUUAUCGGUUAUUAUCAUCAUCAUCAUCCUACCAUGAAUACUGUUGCUGGUGGUGCUCCUAACACCUCGGUUGGACCAACUCCACCUUUACCAUCGUCUUCAAAUUCUUCAGCUGCUUCAUCGUGUUAUUCCUCCGUGUCGCCAGCGGCGUUAUCAUCCACCUCUGGAUUGGGAUCGAGUUUAAGUGAUCCAAAAUCGGUUGAUGCCUCACCUGGUGGUGAUGUGGCGAAUAUGCUUGGGGGUGGAAGUGCAUCUUUCUCGUCGGGGAGUGGAAAUGGUGCUACUGGAGGAUCAUUGAUUCAUUUACAAACUGAUAGUAAUAGUGGUAUCAGCAGUAAUAUAAUGAUGAAAACAGAGGAGCGUAUCCACCGUAUCUAUGCUGAUCGGUUAAUCGCACUGACAACAGAACGUGAUCAAGCUCGUGAAGAGGUACACCGACGUGAUAUACUCAUCUCUGAACUACGUCGUUCUCAUGAAGCGGAAAUUAAACGCAUAAAACAAAGGACAUGGUGUCAAGUCUGCUUGAAUGAAGCAUUUUAUCAUUGUUGUCCUGGUACAGCCUACUGCUCAGAGACAUGUCAGUUGGAACAUUGGACAGCACAACAUAAUAGAGAUUGCCGACGUCGAACGGAAUCACAACAACAACAGCAACAAAUGAGAAGUUAGCCGUCACACACGCAUCCUCCUCCAAAUUUAGUAAUCUAAGCUUCAUCCGCCUCCUCGCCCUUCUACAAUAAGGCCAAGAGAGAGAAGUUCCAACUUUUCUAGUCUUUUAACCACUGUUGUUACUUAAUAUUUAUUGUUAUUUUUGGGUUCUUUGCGCUAAUUUUAAGUCUUUUCCAAAAUUUGCUCUCACCAUUUAAAGUUUUUUUUGUGGCAGCUUUUACUUAUUAUUACAUUUGUGUUGUGUGUGUGUGUGUGUGUGUGUGUGCCAUAUGAGGAGGAAUAUAUAUUAUAUAUAUACAGAAUAUUCGUUUAAACCCCCCCCUGCUAAAAGUGUUGUCUUUAUGUCGGAUCAAGUGGAAUGUGUGUGUGAGGGUAUUGUUAUCUCUUGACCUCUCUGUGUAUGUGUCUGUACGUGUCUGUAUACGUCUGGACUGUUUGAGCACCGCUUAGUUAGUCUUCCUCUUCUACUACAAGUGUAUAUAUAUAUUUAAAUGUAUACGCGUGUGCGUUCUGAUGCAUCAUUUACCGAUUGUCUCUCCUUUUUGCUCUGCACUUUCGCUUGCUUGCUUGCUUGCUUGCUAGCUUUCAUGCGCUCGUUCGAUGAUACACAUUGUGAUGUCUUUUUUUGUGAUCAUGAUGGACGGCGGUUUUUUGGGCGGGGGGGGGGGCGGCGGCGGCGAAGGGCCGGUGUAGACGAGAGAUGUGUUCCUUCGAACGGUUUGGACAGGUAUUUUUUAUGCGCGCCCGACAGUCAGUCAGUUGUCCCACUGGUCGACGACUUCGUUAUUGAUUUUUACGCCUCUCCUACACACACACACACAUACACAUACAUACGAAUCAAUAUUAAUAUUAGCAAUGAUAAUAUGAGUAGUAUAUAUUUACUGUUUGCGAGUUAUUAUUAUUCAUAGCAGAAAAAAAAAAUCAAAUUCUGAUUCCUGUUUGGUUCUUUUUAAGAAUAAUUUUGUUCGUAAAACCUUAUUCCUCUCUAUAAAUAUACAAUACCUAUCUGUUUAUCUAAAAUCCUUAUACAGUGAAGUAUCUACGACACAAUAUUUUCAUUUGUCUGUUUUUGUGAUCCAAUAUCCGAUCUAAUCGAAGGUCAAUAUAUCUAUAUAUACUGAAUUAUUAUUGUUAUUUUAAGUAACUAUGUCGUUUUAUUUCCACUCAAGUAAUGUUCCAGUAUUGUAUGACACGUUCCUUUCGUGUGGCUUGGUUGAUUGAUUCAUUCAUUCAUUCAUUUGUUUGUUUGUUUGUUUGUGAUUUCAUUACUGGAAUUUAUCCCUGAAGUAAUGUUCAUGCGCUGGAUUUGAAAUGGACGCAUACAGAGGCAGCCAGUCAGUUAGUCAAGGAGCUCCAUUGACCUGCCGAUUCCCCGAACCCUCAUACUUGUAUUCCCCCCUCCCUCCCCCCUCCCUACUUUCAUUAUUGUCACUUUAUCUAGCCAAUUUUUUUGUUCUGUUUUCCGUUUUGAUUUUAUUUCUUUCCCAAAAUGAUGAGUAGUCGAAAGGUUGGGGGGGGGGGAGGAAGUUAAUCCUGAGGAACGUAUAGAUGUGAUGUAUAAUUUAUUGCUAUCUCUAAAUAAUAAUAAUGAUAAUAUGCGUUAUAUAACGUUGACAUUGUUUUUUUUUGUUGCCUGUGAUUGAUAUUUUUCUUUCCCCCCGUUUAUUUCCUGUGUUAAUUCCCCCUUCCCUACCCCCUGCAUCUCACAACCUCGUCUUUAAUUUCGAUAUCCAAGAAUAACGAUGAUUGAUCCCUUUUGUUGUUACAUUCUUUUACUGUUUUCCCAGCACUUUUUACCAAUACUUCUCUUUGUACAUAUAACUCAUAGAUGCGCAUAGAUAAACAUGUUGAGAUUAUCCACUUUCUGUUCCAUUUUUAAAACAAAUAAUGAUGAUAAUAUAAUAAUAUUAUUCAAAAUAAUAUUAAUUAUAAUAAUAAUAAUAAUAUAAAAAGUUGGCAGAAACAAAAUUGGUUCUCUUCCCGCUUUUUUUUUUUUUUAAAUUGUUCACAGUUUAUCCCUUUUGUUUAUUACUUACUUACUUUUACUUUACUUUACUUUGGCUAUCUCCUACGGGAGGAUGAGCGCUGGCUUCAUGAACGUUUCGAAUCAUCGCGCUGCCCAGGCGCAGCAAUUUGUAAGAGAGUUCAUGAAGUUUAUUGAUUUCGUUAGUUAGUUAGUUAGUUUAGUUAUUUAGUCAUAUAAUAGCUUUCAUUGUAUUUGAAUAUUGUAGUUGUAUGAGUACAACUUUUUUUCCCCUGUGUCUUUUACUCAAUUUACCUUUUUGUGUUUUUGUGUUACUAGAUAUAAUUGAGAUGGCAAUCAGUCCUUAACCUUCUAUCGCUUUUAACUACUCUCUUGUACACUACACACAGAUACAUUCACUUAACAUAUAUAUAUAUAUAUAUUAUGUAUACUCAAUGCAGAUAUAUUUUUGUCGAUACCUUAUGGAUUUAACUGUCGAUGAAUGAGGGAGAGAGAGAGAGAGAGAGAGAUUGAAGGGCAACAGAGAGGAGAGAACGAACAUUGCCAUGAGGAGGAUGAAAUACAGUGCAAAGACAAUACCGCCAUGCCUUCUCGGUAUCCAUCUAUUUAUUACUCAUGGUUAUUGUAACGGUGGGAUGCAUAGAUUUUUUUUUUUAUCCAAAUAUCCUUUCCACUAUGACUGUUACUAAUAUUAUUAUGACUUUAAUUAGUAAAGUCUGUUGGCGUGGCUCAGGAUGCAGGUGAGUACUAGUAGUAGUAGUAGUAGCCGCAGCGGUAAUUCUAAAGAUCGCUUGUUGAUACCGUUGUUUUUUUGGUAAUUAUGGUUAUUAUUAUUAUUAUUAUUAUU